AGAAAAUAACCCUGAUGAUGUCAUCAGAAAUAACCCUGGUGAUGUCAUUAAGGGUAUCUUUAAUUGGGCUUGAGACAUUAAAUUCUUAACCAAAAUUCUGCAAAUCACAAAUCUGAGAUGUGGAGUUUGAAAGACAUGUUUAUUUACCAUUCAGGGAGAGUCUAAUGAAAAGAUGCUACUCAGUUGCAUUAUGGGAAUUGUAGGAUCCAGUGUUUUUGGAUCUCAACAGGGCUAAAAGUCAGGAUAUCUCAGCCUCUGCUGCUUUGAUUUCGACCCUUCUUUUUAAAGUGUCUUGUGAGUCCCACAACUUAAUGAAAAGUGCGUUGCUAAAUCACUGGAGUGACCCUUCAAACACACACAUCCUACCAGUUUAUGGCACUUAAAAUAGACAGAGGACUUUAAUAGCAGUUUAAUUUAAAAAAAAAGAAAUUCUAAUGAGAACAGUUCAAGGAUUAGAAAGAAGUUAAUUUGCAUUAGAAAGAAGGGAAACUGAGCUUGACACUUGGGAUAUUUCCCCCACAUAUCUAAAAAAAAAAAAAAAAUAGACUAAAAAUAAAAACCCAGAAUACACAGACUAUACUGCAGCUACUGGUGGGUAUUUCUUUUUACAGUGUGCAAGCGUUGGGCUUCGUCUCUCAUUUGAACGAGCCGAGUGCCUUCACCGCCACCAGCAGCAGCAGCAGCAUCCCUGUGCACCCUCCUCAUCAAUAUGCGCUUCAGCUCCUGAAUGUAAGAGCCUCUUCUUCAUGCACAGUCAGAGACGGCAGAGACAAGCGCAGCCAGUAUUCAUGCCGGGGAGGCGAUGUCAGCCCAUAUUUCAUAUCUGACUCCAUCCACAGCAGGCUGCUGACUUUUACCCCCUCCUCGUGCGACUUUCUCCUUUUGGGCAAUCAAUGGAUUUACUCUGAUUUGAAGAGCGUCCGGAACCGUCUCGACUGUUGAUUUGGGGCUCUUUGCUGUUGUUGUGGUUCUAAACAAGGAAAGGAAAGAGAAAAAAAAACAAAAAACAAACAGGAGAGGGUGAUGUUUGCUUUGCACAGGGUUCGUCAGUUUCGCGUCUUGUCUGUACUGGUUGUCGGCUCGAUUGUGUGUUGCGCGAAAAGCGUCAAUGAACCGGGCAACAUGUCUUUCGUGAAGGAGACGGUGGAUAAACUACUGAAGGGAUAUGAUAUCCGACUGAGGCCAGACUUUGGAGGGGCCCCUGUUGCAGUCGGGAUGAGCAUAGACGUGGCCAGCAUAGACAUGGUGUCAGAAGUCAACAUGGACUACACAUUGACCAUGUAUUUCCAACAGUACUGGAGGGACAAGCGUCUAGCCUACAUAGGAAUCCCCCUCAACUUGACCCUGGAUAACAGGGUUGCCGACCAGCUCUGGGUCCCCGACACCUACUUCCUCAAUGACAAGAAGUCUUUCGUCCACGGAGUCACUGUCAAAAACCGCAUGAUCCGCCUGCAUCCGGACGGAACCGUUCUGUACGGCCUCAGGAUAACUACAACAGCAGCGUGUAUGAUGGAUCUCAGGAGGUAUCCCCUGGAUGAACAGAACUGCACUCUGGAGAUAGAGAGCUAUGGCUACACCACAGACGACAUCGAGUUCUACUGGAAAGGAGGCGAGUCGGCUGUAACGGGGGUGACACGGAUCGAGUUGCCUCAGUUCUCCAUUGUCGAUUACAAGUUGGUGUCCAGAAACGUAGUCUUUUCCACAGGUGCCUACCCUCGACUGUCUCUGAGUUUCAAGCUGAAGAGGAACAUCGGCUACUUCAUCCUGCAGACGUACAUGCCAUCGAUCCUGAUUACCAUCCUCUCCUGGGUCUCCUUCUGGAUAAACUAUGAUGCGUCAGCAGCCAGAGUGGCUCUAGGGAUCACCACGGUGCUGACAAUGACCACUAUCAACACCCACUUGAGAGAGACGCUGCCCAAGAUCCCCUAUGUCAAGGCCAUCGACAUGUACCUGAUGGGCUGCUUCGUCAUGGUCUUCCUGGCCCUGCUGGAGUACGCCUUUGUCAACUACAUCUUCUUCGGGAGGGGCCCUCAGAUGCAAAAGAAGCUGGCGGAGAAGGCAGAGAAGGCCAACAACGAGAGGGCAGCCAAGUACGACGCUGCAAGGGAGGCAGGUAGUAGGACCGCGUCCCUAAAACGGUCCAAUCAGGUUAAAGGUCUACGCCACUCACGCUCGGCGGAACCACACAGCCACGGGAACAUCCUGCUAACCACCCUGGAGAUCCAUAACGAAGUGGCGGGUGGUGAAAUCACCACCAGCGUAGCGGACAUUAGGAACUCUCAGUCCAUGGUGCAGUUGGACAGCACGGCCUCGACACACAUCCAGUACCGCAAGCAGAGCGGCGGGAUUGGCCCGCGCUCUGCCAGCCGCCACUCCCUGGACCGGUCCGCCCAGAUGAAACGCAGCCGUCUGCGGAGGCGGUCCUCGCAGCUCAAAAUCAAAAUCCCCGACCUGACGGAUGUGAACGCCAUCGACCGCUGGUCACGGAUCAUCUUCCCCUCUGUUUUCUCACUGUUCAACCUCAUCUACUGGCUCUACUAUGUCUGAUUGGACUGUUUUGUUGAGAUGUUUGUUGUUGUUUGUUUGAUUUUUUUUUUUCCCAUUUUGUUUCUCUUUCUUCCUUUUUUCUGUUGCUUUUAUACAUGAUGGAAUCUGUUGAGUUAAAGACUGCAACGCUACAAGACAAAAAAAAAAAACAGACUGAGAAAAGACUACUGAGUUUUGGACCAAGUUCUCGUCGAAAUUGUUUUUAUAUUUGCAGUCUUUGAGUCCUUAGUACCAAGGUCUUUUUAUUUUCUAAAGUAUGUACUGUAAUUGGGACUUGUGAUAGUCAUUUCCCAUCAUUUGCCCUCUCAGUAAUGUGUAAAUAGAGAGAUACAAAGCCAGCAAUUGAAUAAAUAACACAGUAUUUGCAAAAAAAACACGAAAGCAGUUAACGCAACGAUUUUUCUAAUCAAAAAAGAAUUAAGAAAACUUUAUACUACACAGAUGGUCAGAUAAGUGCAGGGAAUUCCUAAAAGUCCAUUAAACAAUCAAAUGUAUGUUUGACUGGUACCCUAUGCACUAUUAAUGCAUGUAAUGAUCAGCCAUAGUGGAAAAAUAACUCUUUUUUUGCCUUGGGUUAUGUCACAACUUUACAGAAGAAAUUACUCUGAUGGUGUGUAUUUGUUUAUAGCGUUGAUAAUAUACAUUAUACUUGCUAUUAACUAUAUCAUGCAUUGAUCUGGUAAACCUUUACCCAAACACAAUAAUUUAAAGUUGAGGACUUUGUCCUCUGUUCAGGAUGAUUGUGACUCAGGUUCUGAAUUUUUUGCUAUUUGGCAUCUUUUUCUUGACAAAGAAAAGUGUCACUGAAAUAUCCUUUGUGGUAAUUUGAUAAGAGGGGGGGAAAAAGCACAAAUAUGAAUCAAACUGCCAUUUUUUCACUUCUACCUUCUAGCAACAGCGCUUCAAGUGAUAGCAUGACAGAAUUGCACUCAAAUUUAUCAAACUUCCUCUAAAAACUGUCUUAUGUUCAUUUAAAACAACUGCCAAGGGCCUUUUGGGCGACACGGUUACUCAACCCAUGAAAUAUUAUGAUAUUUUUGUACUUUGUGUCUUCAGGUAUUCAUUUGAUUUCCUAACCCAUCUUAUUGAAAACGUAUUGUUGUUUUUUUUGCUCACCAUUUUUUUUUUGUACAUAAGUACAUAGGUGUGUAUAUACAUAAAUGUGUAUAUAUAUACUGUGUGUACAACCCAAAAUGAAAAUGAUCAAAUAUUGAGCAUUUUGUGAUUGUCAUACUGGCUCCUAACUGUCAGACUAUUUAGUGCAAAAAAAAGAACAAAAGACAAGGAUUAAACAAAUUAACCAACGGGUCAGUUUCAAGGAUCAGUCUGUGGGGCACUCUGAAUGCAUUUCUUCUCAAACAUCCGACCAUGUUGAAGUUCCACUCUAGACACUGUAUGUAUGUUCACUCUGCAUUUUAGAGUUACUGUAUACCCCACCAUACAGCAGCAAGUGAUGCAAAUGGAUUUCAUUGAUUCCACAGACGGACCACGAUAACCGGUCUGUCGACUAAUAAGCACAUACUAACAUUGAAUGUAUCGGAUCCAUUCUUCAGGGAGAGGAUAAUGAGCCAUGAUCAUCAUUUCUCCAUCAGAAUGUAAUGCCCAUUCUUAGAUUGCGAGUGACGAAGAAAGAGAGGGAAGGGAUGGUGUUUUAAGAGUGUGUGCAUGUGCAUGUGUGUGUGAGAGAGAUGGGGAAUGGAUAAGGAGAGCUGGAGAGAGGAGGGGUGUGCGUAGACCAUUUCUUUUCUGUGCUGCUUGCUCGACUAUGGACAAAUGUCAACGUAUAAUAGUUUUGUGGAUAAAAAUAGCUCUCCUAUCCGACUCUUUUAAUAAACUGUGUGCCAUUCCACCUAAGGUCGCAGAGCAGUCAACCAGUUACAACUCACAGGCGAUGAUGUAAAUUUUAAGCAUUCUUGUUCAGUGAUAUAUACAUGCACUGUUUGUGCAUGUACAAGAGUACAUGUAGAAAAAAAAUGCUACUUGAUAACAUUGAGUUCUGUUGUGAUUGAGAAGCUUGUUCUGUACAAGAGUCACUGAGAGUCAGAGUUGGGAUCAAUUUAACUUUGAAGUAAAAAAGUUUUAUGUGUACAUAUUGAUACAUGAUUAAGAACUGAAUGUAUUGUACUUGGAUUGUUGCUGCACAAAUGCAAUUUCCUUUCUGGAAACAGGAUUGACCUCAACCCUGAUUAAUUAGGGCUCUAGUUGAUUCCACAUUCAAGUGACCCUGAGUCUCUUGCUGGUUUCUUGUCCUGUUUUCUACUGUGUAGACGGGGCACAGUACACAUAUGACCUGGGUCCAAGAAAGAGCAAAGCUCCAGUUAUAGAUGAAAUUACAUCUAUAUAUAAUAAGCCAAAACAUCUUGCUAAAGAUGUGUUCAGAAAGAAAGCAAAGCAAAUUUUCACCUUGCGUCAUUCGUACGAAUUCGACGGCUUGUGUUUGCCCCAAACAGUAAAUGUACCAACUAUACGUUAGCGGCAGGUUAGCUAGCAACGGACGCACUGACCCACAUGGCCACAUGGGAGUGUGUGUCAGCCUCAGACUGAACACCAGAAACUCCAUUUCUUUCUGUUACUUCCCUCCAGCCUCUGUACGUUUAUGAAGCAGAUUCAUAAAGCCAUGGGAUGCGCACAAAUUUUUUCCGAAAUUGCAAUAUUUUCAACUCAGACAUGUCUUUGUGUCAAGUGGCGUCUUUCCAUUGACUUUAUAUGCAAUUGCACAACCACUAAAAGUCGCUUGCCGUUCUGUCUGAACACAGUAAAAGAGGAUGUCUUGACUUUGGUCUUGGUCACAAAUCAAGGUUUGUGAUCUCAUGCAUUCAAGGUAGAGCAUUGUUAACGUCAUGGAACCAGUUUGUCCAAAGAUGUUUCAAGCUGCUUUGCGUAGUUUGGAGGAGGAAAUUCGUACCUAUGAUAUUGCGAAACGGUUGAUAAAGCUUCAGUGUUGUGUAAAUAAGAUAUAAUAAGACAGAUUUCUGGAACACUGAAGCUAGAAAAUAACUGUUUUAAAGUAAAAAAAACAAAAAAAAAACCUUCCUGGCUUACUGUUCACGUUGAUUUAAACGAUUACUUUCGGGUCAUGUGGUGAGAUUUAAAACAAGUUUUUCCAGUUGGUCAUUGUAUGAGUCAGUUUUUUAAUUACCAAACUCAUUAGUGCAGUUGAAAAGUGAAAGAGAAUGUAACUGUUACAAACUCUAGAUACUUGUUUAUCAUGCAUGCAACUACAAUUCGUAACUUGGGAAGAUUAAAAAAAAAGAAGAUAUUUUGCAAACUCACUUAUGAGAGCUGCCAGCUGCUCAUUUUAGAGAUGACAUUAUGCCAUGUGAGCCUACAUUAAAAAGAAAAAAGUAAAAAAAAAAAAAAGUCAUCAAAGACUUAAGGUGUUGUAUGGCCUUGGUCCCAUAAUGGAAUGUGAAAUGUUCUGUGCUGCCACAAAAUGUAUUUAGGCUUAGAUUUAUACUGUAUAUCUCUGUAUGUUUCUCUUCCUUUUUCAAUAGAUUAUCAUGUGAAACCAUCAAAUAAAUUAUAUACAUUGUA